AUGUUUGACCAACUUGACUUUUCGCGAUUCCACAGCGAGAACAUCGACGAGCGAGAUCAAUUCUGCCGUGAGUUGAUUUCGGGGUUCAGCAAGUCGGGUUGGGUUCGGUUAGUCAAUCAUGGUGUUCCUCCAGAGAGCAUCGACCGGGCUUUUGAAAUGAGUCGCAAAUUCUUCGAUCUUCCAUUGGAGCAGAAGCUGAAGUCGCCUCAUCCCCCUACGGCUCAUCCCCAUCGGGGUUUCAGUCCUGUUGGUCUGGAGAACAUAUCAAUUGUGUCUAAUUAUCGCUCCUCGGCUACACAACCCUUACUUAGGGAUAUGAAGGAGUCUUACGACAUUGGAUCGGAACGGGAUCCACUAUACUCCAACAUUUGGCCCCCGGAAGGAGUUCACGAUGGUUUUCAAACUACAAUGAGCUCAUUCUUCUCCGUCUGUUACGAGGCCGAGUUGAUUAUCCUAGAUGCUAUUUCGAUUGGCUUGGGAUUGCCCAUUCACUCUCUACGUGAACUCCACUCCGCACAGACCAAUGAGCUGCGUCUCACCCACUACCCCGAAGUGGAUCGGGCUGAUUUUGCCAAUGCCACUCGCAUUGCGGCGCAUACAGACUUUGGCACUAUUACUCUAUUGUUCCAAGACAAUGUCGGGGGGCUAGAGAUGGAACAGCCCCCCGGUAGUGGGGUCUUUGUUCCAGCCGACAAUGCUGGCCCCCAUGAGUGCAUUGUCAAUGUAGGUGAUUGUCUCCAGAUGUGGACAGGCCUGCAUAGUGCCCGACACCGAGUGCACCUGGCAAAGAGUGAGAACCAGGGUAAUACGGUUCCAGAACGCUUCUCGAUUGCGUAUUUCGCAAAGCCUGAUCGUGAAGCCCUUCUUCGUCCUCUGCUGGAUUCGCUGAACAACAGCAAACCAGUGCAAAAGUUCCUGACAGCCAACGAGUUUCAGCACAUGCGUAUCGAGGGCACCUACGCCUAA